AUGGCUUACCAAAACAACUUCCUAUCAAUGGCUAACGAAAACAACUUCCUGUCAAUGGCUAACCAGAACAACCUUCUGAUGAUUACUGGUGACGAUUCUAAGUUUAAUGAUUACGUGAGUACUCCAACCUGUCCUGAUGUCAAGCGCGCCAAUUUUCCCGAGGAUUUUGUAUUUGGGGCUGCAACAUCGGCUUAUCAGGUUGAAGGUGCUUGGAAUUUAGAUGGUAAAGGCAUCAGUAAUUGGGAUGAUUUCGCACUGAGAUAUCCUGGGAAAAUUCAAGAUGGGAGCAAUGGGUGUACUGCUAUUGAUCAGUAUAAUUUGUUCAAGGAUGAUGUGAGGUUGAUGAAGAAAAUAGGAGGUAGAUUAAGUGCAGGCUUAUCCAAUAGAGGAGUAAAGUACUAUAAUGACCUCAUAGAUGCACUCUUGUCAGAAGGCAUUGAGCCAUGCAUAACUUUGUUCCACUGGGAUGUUCCUCAAUGUUUGGAACUAGAGUAUCAAGGUUUCUUAGACCGUCGAAUUUUGCAAGAUUUUUGUGAUUUUGCUGAGGUUUGCUUUUGGGAGUUCGGUGAUCGGGUGAAACGUUGGAUUACACUGAAUGAGCCAUGGUCAUUUACUGUUAUGGGAUAUGUAUACGGCAGUUAUCCUCCUGGCAAGGGUGCAACAGCGAAACAGUCUCCGACAGCUAUGGCGCUGUUAAGUAAUUCACAUCAUAGGUCUAAAGCUGGGCCUGGACAGCAUACCUUUGAAGGAAAUCCAGCGAUAGAACCAUACAUCGUGGCUCACCAUUUGAUACUAGCUCAUGCACAUGCUGUCGAUAUAUACAGGGAAAAAUAUCAGGCAGUCCAAGGAGGCCAGAUAGGGAUGACAAAUGUCGCAUGUUGGUAUGAGCCUUUUAGUGAAGCUCAAGCCGAUAAAGACGCUGCUUCAAGAUUGAUCGAUUUUAAUCUAGGAUGGUUUGUAGCACCAAUAGUAAUGGGAGACUAUCCAGAAAGCAUGAAAGAAAAUGUAUCAACACGUCUUCCCAUAUUUACAUCAGAAGAGGAGAAGUUGGUGAAAGGAUCGUAUGACUUCUUAGGGAUAAACUACUAUACGUCUUAUUAUGCUGUCAAUCUACCUCUCCCCCCUGAUGAACCACCAAAUUUCAUAACAGAUUCACGAGCAAAUGAUCCAAAAGAACGUAAUGGGAUGCCGAUUGGUCCACUAGCGCUUGGUUCAAAUUGGUUGUACAUUGUUCCAUGGGGAAUUUACAAGCUCAUGAUUCAUUUGAAGGAGACAUAUGGGGAUAAUGAAAUUUACAUUACCGAGAAUGGGUUGAGUGAACCAAACGAUAAGGCUCAAAAUAUUAAAAAUGCUCUCUCGGAUGAAAGAAGGAUUAAGUACCACAAUGACCACCUUUUCUAUCUUAAAAAGGCAAUAGAAAAUGGUGUACGGGUGAAGGGUUACUAUAUAUGGUCAUUGUUUGACAAUUAUGAAUGGGCUCAGGGAUACACUUCUAGAUUCGGCAUCUAUUUUGUAGACUUCGAGAAUGGUCGUUUGACAAGAUUCCCAAAACACUCAGCUAUAUGGUGGAUGAAUUUCCUUGGACAGAAGUCUAAAAUUCCAUCAAAGAAAAAAGCUAGACCAACUAAUCAAGAUGGAGAAGGCACUGGGAAAAGGCUGAGAAGCAGCUAA